UCGCAAACACCAGGCAGUGGAGGAAGUGGAUUUUCAGAGGGACCCUCAGGGAAAGGGACUGGAGCACUUUCCCCUUUGAGCCUUUAGCGGGCUGGAGUGACCGUCCGUCCGUCUGAAGGGAUGGAACGGUGUGAUGAUGAACUAGGGGUCUUCACCAUCAUCCACCACAAGACCAAAUCAUCGGGCUGGCCUCCCCCCUCUGGAUCCUGGGGCACCCUGCCGGGAACACCCUAUGGCUGGGAUAUGGGCUCUUCCAGGGACGGCCGAGACUACUUCAGCAACCACGUGUCCCAGAGCAGCUCCCUGGAGGAGGUGCACCGUCUGGAUGGGGUGCAGCAGGUGCCCCCUGCCCCCCGGCUGGUGGAGAUGAGACGGGACCCCGUCCUGGGGUUCGGCUUCGUGGCCGGAAGCGAAAAACCGGUGGUGGUCCGCUCCGUCACGCCUGGAGGUCCCUCGGAGGCAAAGCUGAUCCCAGGAGAUGAGAUCAUCAUGAUCAACGACGAGGCAGUCAGCUCAGCGCCCAGGGAACGAGUCAUCGACCUCGUCAGAAACUGUAAGGAGUCCAUUAUGUUGACUGUUGUCCAGCCGUACCCUUCGCCCAAAUCAGCGUUCAUCAGUGCAGCCAAAAAAGCCAAGCUCAAGUCCAAUCCGGUCAAAGUGCGCUUCGCAGAAGAGGUCAUCAUUAACGGUCAGGUUCCGAACACAGUGAAGGACAACUCCCUCCUCUUCAUGCAGAAGGUUCUGAAGGUGUACCUGGAGAACGGGCAGACCAAGUCGUUUCGGUUCGACUGCAGCACAUCCAUCAAGGAUGUUAUCAUGACCCUACAAGAGAAGCUGUCCAUCAAGUGCAUUGAACACUUCUCCCUGAUGCUGGAGCAGCGGACGGAGGGAUCGGGCAGCAAGCUGCUACUCUUGCAUGAGCAGGAGAUGCUAACUCGGGUGACACAGAGGCCGGGGUCCGAUAAGAUGAAAUGUUUCUUCAGAAUCAGCUUCGUCCCCAAGGACCCGGUGGAUCUGCUCAGACGGGAUGCCGUGGCAUUUGAAUACCUCUACGUACAGAGCUGUAACGAUGUGGUUCUGGAGCGCUUUGGCUCGGAGCUGAAGUACGACGCCGCGCUACGAUUGGCCGCUCUGCAGAUGUACGUCCUCACUAUGACGACCAGACAGCUGCAGAAGGUCUCACUCAAAUACAUCCAGAAGGAGUGGGGUCUGACACUUUUCAUCCCACCAGCAGUGAUGACCAGCAUGAAGGAGAAGAACAUCAAGAAAGCACUGACGCACAUCCUCAAAACCAAUCAGAACCUAGUGCCUCCGGGAAAAAAGUUGACUGCAUUGCAGGCUAAAGUGCACUACUUGAAGUAUCUCAGUGAGCUGAGGUUGUAUGGAGGGAGAGUGUUCAAAUCCAUACUUUUGCAAGGGGAGAAGCAGACAGAGGUGACCUUGCUAGUGGGGCCCAGGUACGGCAUCAGUCACGUGAUCAACACCAAGACCAACCUGAUGGCCCUGCUGGCAGACUUCAGCCACGUGAACCGCAUCGAGAUCCUCACAGAGGAUGAUAUCAACGUCCGCGUGGAGCUACACGUCAUGGAUGUCAGGCCCAUCACGUUGAUAAUGGAGUCUAGUGAUGCUAUGAACCUGGCGUGUCUGACAGCAGGGUACUAUCGACUCCUAGUGGACUCUAGGAGAUCUAUCUUCAACAUGGCCCACUGCAACAGCAUCGCUGAAGAAAUGGAUCAGGACAAUCUUCUGGAGUGGCCGUACAGCACUUCAUUAGACAACUGUGAGGACCCCAAUGCUGCCGGCCAGGACGAGCGUUACAGCAGUGACAUGGACUUCUCUAACAAUGGAGGGAGAGAGAACAACAUCUCUCCCUACAUCCCCGAGCGCCAACACCAUACCCUAACCCUGCAGCAGAACGAGAGGCCGUCGGAGGGGCGGAGGAGUCCCCAGCCCCCACCUCUCCCCCCUGCCAGAAACAAACCCCAAGACUCCCCCCGGAGCGCCAAGGUCUCCUUCAUCUUCGGAGACCCCCCUUUGAACACUGUUAACCCCCAGAACUUUGGCUACGAGCGCCUGAUGGAUGAGAGUCCCGAGGUGCCCGAGCACAGGCCCAUAGCCUACUUGCACAACAACGUCAACAACCCGGGGGACUUUAGGGCCCAGGUGCCCGUGCCCUUCCAAUUCGCCGACGGCAUGCCGCAUGUGGUCUACAGCAACAUCGGCGAGGAGCUGGUGGAGGAACCGCUGCUAAGGGACCUUUGUUAUGCAGACACCACGGACGACGCCGAGGAUGAGGACGACGCCAGCUGUGAGGAAGACUCUACCGGGACGGGAGGGGGGGAGGGUGGAGGGGGUGGCACGACGUCGGCGAGCAAAGCCACGAUCCUCACCCUCUCGGGCUCCAGCGAUGACAUCAUCGACCUGACCUCACUUCCUCCCCCCGAGGGGGGCGAUGAUGACGAUGAUGAUACCGACGGUGUCCUCCAUUCGCUAAAUCUCGCCAUUGCCGCCCCGCCCCCGGGGUUCAGAGACAGUUCUGAUGAGGAGAGUCCCGAGAGUCGCCCUUUGGCCACUGCCGGCAACAAUGACAUGCCCGUGUCGCUGAUCGCCGCUGUCCCCACGGGGUCGCAUGGUGAGGGGAGCGGCAGGGAAAGGAGGCUGGAGGAUGCCAUGGUAACAACACUGCAGGCACUGGAAGCCCUGACCGUGUCUGAGGAGAGGCCACACCCACCACGCCCACAGCGACCACAGCCCAACACUAACCCAGGUGUGCAAAUGUCUCGAGCUUUCAGUCCUGAGUCUUCCUCUGACUCGGGCAAUGAGACCAACUCCUCAGAGAUGACCGAGACCAUGGAGCAGGCCGCCGCCCACAAACUCAUCCACGAGAACCACAGGCGCCUCCUUAUCGCCACCUCCGAAGGCUACCAGCCUCUGACAGAGGAAAAGACAGACUUCCCCAUCUCGCCCAGAGUGGCCACCCAAAAGAAAGCCCACAGCCCCUCCCACAAUCGAGACGGCGAGCCGCCGUCGUCCACCGCGCUCCCUAAACAGACCCUCCAUCCAGAUGACAUAGAGCUGGAUCCAGAAACCACUGAUUCUCUGACUAACCUCUCCUCCGGCUUCAGCAAGCGACCCAACUCCGUGGUUGUUGGAGGGAAACGGCUAAAAAAGUUGGCCGACACCAACGGGAAGUUCAACACGUUCAGUACCAGAGACGGCCACAGGGGGAGCCAGCUGGAUGUGGAGCGUACCUCGUUCUGCGAUAGGCUGCAGAGAAGGCCACCUCUUCCUCUACCAGAGAAUUCCAUCUCCAUCAUGGCGGAGAACCUGGCGGUGAACAGCCUGCCAAAGAGUCACCGCAGGCUGCCGCGCCCCCCUCCCCCACACCCUGAACGGACAGAGCCUGAGGAGGAACCGGGGGAGGCUGCAGUGGGGGACACUGGGGCUAUGGGCGGCCAGCAGGAAGAGUACCUGGGGGGAGCGGCAGGUCCCUUCCCCUCUUCCCCUACCAAGAAGACCCGGGACCCCCCCGGUGGACAGGGAGAUGCCCCAGGGGAGCAGCGGCAGCAAGUGAGGCAAGGGGUUGCCCGGCUGUGUGAGUACCACCUAGCCAAACGGAUCUCGUCCCUUCAGAGCGAGGCUCACAACUCCCUGCAGGGCUCCCAGUGCUCAUCACUGGACGCGGGCUGCAGCACGGGGAGCAGCGCCUGUGGCACCCCAACGGAUUCGCCCCUCUGUGCCCCCGACGGCAACCACCACCCGCUCUCCGAAUCUUCCACAUCCCUCAGGGUUUUCACCUAUGAGGACAAGGCUCCCCAUGGCACCCCGGGCCAGAUCCCUGUGGGCAGGGACCUCCACCCCCAAGCAGACCCCACACUCCUGCGGAAGAUGCUGCCCAACAUACACCCUCCUGGGUCAGACAUCAGCAUAGAGGGUUCCCUCCGGUCGGCCAAGAUGAAAGAAACCACAGGUAGUAUAGCUAAAAGGAGUAACCUUCAAAAUGAUCUGCAUGCCAAGACAGCCUGUGUAAGGGGUGCUAACCUCAAGGAGGGGAACGAGUCCUAUAGACAGCUCAUUAACUACCUGACAGUGAGCCAGAUGCACCAGGGAGGCAGGUUGCAUAGUGCAGGCCUGGGAGGGGGAGUCAGGAAGGACACUAGGAGAUAUAUUACCAGUAAUCCCCAACUGAUAGAGAUGGUUAGGAGUAAAGGGAACACCAUUCACCGCUAUCCCUGCAUGCCCCCCUCGUCCUCGUCACCCUUCCUCAGCCCGAGUCUAGUGAACCCCAAUGCAGUCACCUCACGGGGUGACAAAGGCCCCCGGCCCUAUCACUCCACCACCCUGCCCGCUAAGUUGAAGAGCAAUCCUGACUUGCAUGCUCAGAGACCCGCUGACAGUGUUGAAGUAAGGCCCAGUGGCACAGAGAGGAGGAGCUCCUUUUCGGGCCUCGAGAGUGAGUUAGAGAGGGGCGCCAUCGACCCUGAGGUCGAGCGGUUCCUGUCCCUGAGGGACAACAUCCAUGGAGGGGGUGGGGGUGGGGGCAUGGUCCACAGGCCCCCCUCCAGGGCGCGGAGUGUGAUGUCCCAAAGCGGUGCCAGCAUCUGUGGCCCAGAGGACUGGCUCAGAUCUGACUGCAGGACAAAGCAUGCCAUCCGACAGACUCCUAAUGAUUAUCUCUGUUUUUCUACUGCCCCUAGUGUAGCUCGCACAGAGCAGCUGGGGACAUCACUGGGAGCGGAAGCAGGAGAUCACCCAUCAGCUUUCACUAAGCAGGCCCGAGCCUGUGCCACGGCUCCACCCCCUCCUCCUCCACCACCUCCUCCACCUCCCCUACCAGCCAACAUGAGCACCCACAACUCCACUGUGCCAAAGCAGUCCACCAUCACAUACAGACAAAACCACAUCCAGUCAGUCACAGCCAGCCUCCACCACCAGUGCGAGCCCAAUAUGAACAGCCUCCAGAGGGGCAGGGACUCCAGUAUGAACAGCCUCCACUUGGGCAGGGAACCCAGCACCAACAGCCUGCAGCGGGACAGGGAGCCCAGCAUCAACAGCCUCCACCUGGGCAGGGAGCCCAGCAUAAACAGCCUCCACCUGGGCAGAGAGCUCAGCACCAACAGCCUGCAGCGGGACAGGGAGCCCAGCAUCAACAGCCUCCACCUGGGCAGGGAGCCCAGCAUAAACAGCCUCCACCUGGGCAGAGAGCUCAGCACCAACAGCCUGCAGCGGGACAGGGAGCCCAGCAUCAAUAGCCUGCAGCGGGGCAGGGAGCUCAGACGGAGCACCAGUAAUGUAACGGCGGGCUCCGGGAGUGUGGAGGUGCUCUUCGACAAAGGCAGAACCAAGUGCCAGCAAGGACCAGUUGACCCCAAACUACAGAGGAGACCCACGAGGAAGAGGCUGUCGAAGAGCUACUCGCAGGGCUCAGUAGCAUCCACGUGCUGGUCGGCUGGGGGCAGAGACAGCCGGAGGGCCUCAGUGAUGUUUCCCCUGCAGAAGGACGCCAAGCACAUGAAGGGCUCGCAGAAGAUGGACUCGAGCAGCCCCUGGAGGUGCAACGGUCCCUUCAGCUACUGCUUCUUCAAGAGGAAGAGCCAGGCAGAGGAGGAUGAGGUAGAGGGGGGUGAGAUGGGCGAGAGGGGCGAGAGUUCCAGGCGCUGCCAUGGCAGGGAAAUGGAGGAAGCAGCGUCUAUAUACGGCCUGGCCACGGACGCAGCAGGCGACCAGCUCUACAGCGAGGUCCUAACCAACAUGAGCUUCAGCGACCGGCUGUCGCGCAUUAACACGCUCAAAGACCGCAUGUACAUCUUCCCCGUUGGCUUCUCGGAUGUACGCCGCGACGCCAGCGAGCUCAUCGCCCUAGUGCGCUCAAGCGUAGGCAGGGGGGACCGCAGCGGCCAGGUGCCACAGAUCACAGCCGACCUGUCCCAAUACAAGCAGCUGCUGUCCAUCGAGUCUAAAGAGCUGGGGCGGGCAUGUCGCAGGAUGGCCCAGGCCCACGGUAGCCCAGAGGAGAUGCUGCUGGCCAUCACCUGCAGUUUCCAGGUGCUGUGCUGCCUGUCUGAGGCCUGCAUGUGCCUGGUGAGGGGCCUGAGGGCAUCAGCUGCCCAACAGCAGAGGGAGGUGGUGGCCAAGGUGGACGAGCUGGUCAUGAACUACAUCUGCCUGCUGCGCGCAGCCGAGGCGGCGUCCAUCGGAGCGCCCAGCGACCACAACGUCAAUGCCCUGGUCCGCCACUCCAGCACCAUGUCAGCCAUCGCCAACGCACUCACCCGCUCCCUCAAAACGCUGCUUAGCAAGUAGUAGGACGUCCAGCCGACAGCAACGUCUUUUAGUGUUAUGUACAUUAUACAAAGCCAUACAAGACCCGGCCUUUGUAAUAAGAACUGAUGUUAUUAUAGACACCCUACUUCUUGUGUACAAUUUAUUGUCCAUGUAUAUAAUGUACAUACAGUACAUAUGAUACACUAUAUGAAUAUAUAAAUUGCUAUAGACAUUUUGAGAGGUCAUUGGGAAGACAUGUACUCUUUAAUGUGAUAUUGAUGAUGCAGUUCUAGGUUGCAGUGUGGAGAGAGAGGAUUGACAUACAGCACUGAACCUGUACUGCAUUUAAUACUCCUUAUUUCUAAAUUAUUUUGACAUGUUUUUUUUUUUAAACAAAUACAGAGGGCAUAAAACUAUACUGAAAAGAUAUCAAAUAAGUAGGCAAGUAUCUUAUUAAAGAGCUUUUAAGUCGAUCAGGCAGGUGUGUAAUUGUUUCAUCAUUUUUUACAGCCUUUCAUUGUAUGUGUUUUAAUAUGACCCUCUCUGGACUAAAUGGUGUCCUUCAACAUUUAUGUAUCAGACUGCAUUUUAUUUCCCCGACCAUAAAACAUAAAAAUCCACUCAAUAUUUUGUUCAGCUUCUCUGACCCAUUAAAACGUUUUACAUAUCUGAGGGUCAUGGUGUGUCUUCACUUGCUAUUUCAUUUGCUCCACUAAUAUCUUGUAGAAGAACUCCAGUAAAAUAAAAGAUUCACUUGUG